GCAGGCUCCAUUCCAAUGCAGUGCACCGUCGCUUUCGUCAGACCCGUCUCGAUUGACUGAAACCACCAGCUAGCCACAGCUUGAAACCCCACACUUUUGAAGCGCUCACGCAACAGCCUUCGGUAAGCAACUCUUGCAUUGGUAGGUUAAAUUUGCAGAUUCCUUCGAACGAGUACGUACUAGCAGUAGCUUAAGAGUACUGCGAUCGAUGGCGAGUGGUGGGCUGAGCUUCGUCGUCGUCGCCACCCUCGUCAUCGUGUCCGCGGGCCUCAUGCCGCCGCCUGCCGUUGCCGAGCUGGCGACGGACUACUAUGCCAGCACCUGCCCCAACCUGGAGGUCAUCGUCCGGAGCUCCGUGAAGCAGUCCAUGGCGCAGUCACCCAUCUCCGCGCCCGCCGCGCUCAGGCUCUUCUUCCACGACUGCGCCGUCAGGGGCUGCGACGCGUCGAUCAUGAUCGUGAACUCCGACGGCGACGACGAGUGGCGGAACAGCGACAACCAGUCGCUCAAGCCGGAGGGGUUCCAGACCAUCCUGGACGCCAAGGCUGCCGUGGACAGCGACCCGCAGUGCCGCUACAAGGUUUCCUGCGCCGACAUCAUGGCCGUAGCCGCCAGAGAAUCCGUCUACCAGAGCGGCGGACCCUACUACGAGGUGGAGCUGGGCCGUUACGACGGCCGGGUGUCCACCAGGGACGGCGUCGUGCUGCCGCACGCCAACUUCGACCUCGACCAGCUCACCGCCUUCUUCUCCAGCCUCGGCUUCACCCAGGCCGAAAUGGUCGCGCUGUCAGGCGCCCACACCAUCGGCGCCGCGGACUGCCCUUUCUUCCAGUACAGGAUCGGCAGCGACGCGACCAUGGACCCCGGCCUCGCGUCGCAGCUGAACGGCACCUGCAGCUCCGACCCCAACGCUUUCGCCUUCCUGGACCCCUCGCCCGUGGCCUUCGACAACGCCCUGUACCGGAACCUGCAGGGCGGCAAGGGCCUCCUGGGCUCCGACCAGGUGCUCUACUCCGACCCGAGGUCGCGCGGCACGGUCGACUACUACGCGUCCAACCAGGGCGCCUUCUUCGCCGACUUCGUGGCGGCGAUGGCCAAGCUUGGGAGAGUCGGCGUCAAGACGCCGGCCACCGGCGGCGAGAUACGCCGGGACUGCCGGUUCCCCAACUAGUUACUGGUUAAUUAACCUCCAUCGUACAUUGCCACAUUGACCUCGAUAUAUAUAUACUGGUAUUAGUUAGUAGUCUAUACAACGACUGUACAAUUACAAAAUUUUACAAUAAGUUCAUGGCUUUGAUUUAGGAGCCUCACCCUGAUGUGUGUAUAAUACGUACUAGCUAGCUUCUCGUGUGGGCAAGCCAAGUGUGUUCUUUUCAAUGUUGUCAUCCCAAGCAACCAUUCUCUUUUACUUU